UCUGUCCAUCCGCGGUCCUGCCCGCCUCCCGCCUUCGCCGGCUGGGAACCUGAAGCUCCUCUUGGAGACUCCCUGAGACAUCUUUGCUCCAGAAUCCCGGCAGUCCUUGGGUGAGAAAGUGCUACACUCUCACAUCGAGUUCCAGGUUUGGACAGCAAGAUGGGGUGUCAAGUCCUUCUCAAUGUCGGCCACCAGAUGCUGCGACGGAAGGUGGUGGACUGCAGCCGCGAGGACAGCCGACUGUCUCGCUGCCUGAACACUUUUGACCUGGUGGCCCUUGGGGUGGGCAGCACGCUGGGUGCCGGCGUCUACGUCCUGGCCGGGGCCGUGGCCCGCGAAGACGCAGGCCCUGCCAUCGUUAUCUCCUUCCUGAUCGCUGCGCUGGCCUCCGUGCUGGCCGGCCUAUGCUAUGGCGAGUUUGGCGCGCGGGUCCCCAAGACGGGCUCAGCCUAUCUCUACAGCUACGUCACCGUCGGGGAGCUCUGGGCCUUCAUCACCGGCUGGAACCUCAUCCUCUCCUACAUUAUUGGUACUUCAAGCGUAGCAAGGGCCUGGAGUGCCACCUUCGACGAGCUGAUAGGCAGACCCAUCGGGGAGUUCUCCCGGACCCACAUGGCUCUCAACGCCCCUGGGGUUCUAGCCGAAAACCCCGACAUAUUCGCUGUGAUCAUAAUUCUCAUCCUGACAGGACUCUUAACUCUUGGUGUGAAAGAGUCAGCCAUGGUCAACAAAAUUUUCACUUGUGUUAAUGUCCUGGUCCUGGGUUUCAUAAUGGUGUCGGGAUUUGUGAAAGGAUCCAUUAAAAACUGGCAGCUCACGGAGGAAGAUUUCCAGAAUGCAUCCGGCCAUCUCUGUCUGAACAGCACAAAAGAAGGGAAACCUGGUUUGGGUGGAUUCAUGCCCUUCGGAUUCUCUGGUGUCCUGUCAGGGGCAGCGACGUGCUUCUAUGCCUUUGUGGGCUUUGACUGCAUCGCCACUACAGGCGAAGAGGUCAAGAACCCCCAGAAGGCUAUCCCCGUGGGGAUCGUGGCGUCCCUCCUCAUCUGCUUCAUCGCGUACUUUGGGGUGUCGGCCGCCCUCACGCUCAUGAUGCCCUACUUCUGCCUGGACAAGGACAGCCCCCUGCCUGAUGCCUUCAAGCAUGUGGGCUGGGAAGGCGCCAAGUACGCGGUGGCCGUCGGCUCCCUCUGCGCCCUUUCCACCAGUCUUCUAGGUUCCAUGUUCCCCAUGCCUCGGGUCAUCUAUGCCAUGGCUGAAGAUGGACUGCUGUUUAAAUUUUUGGCCAAAAUCAACGAUAGGACCAAAACACCAAUAAUUGCCACAUUGACCUCAGGUGCCAUUGCUGCUGUGAUGGCCUUCCUCUUUGACCUGAAGGACCUGGUGGACCUCAUGUCUAUUGGCACUCUCCUGGCAUACUCACUGGUGGCUGCCUGUGUCUUGGUCUUACGGUAUCAGCCGGAGCAGCCUAACCUGGUAUACCAGAUGGCCAGAACUACCGACGAGUUAGAUCCAAUAGACCAGACUGAACUGGUGAGCACCAGCGACUCCCAGUCGGGCUUUUUACCAGAAGCAGAGAGAUUUUCGAUGAAAAACGUACUCUCACCCAAGAACAUGGAGCCUUCCAAAUUGUCGGGGCUGAUUGUGAACAUUGCAACCAGCCUCAUAGCUGUUCUGAUCAUCACCUUCUGCAUUGUGGCCGUGCUUGGAAAGGAGGCCCUGACCCAAGGGAAGCUGUGGGCCAUCUUUGUGCUCGCAGGCUCUGCCCUCCUCUGCGCUGUGGUCACGGGCGUCAUCUGGAGGCAGCCCGAGAGCAAGACCAAGCUCUCGUUCAAGGUGCCCUUCCUGCCCGUUCUCCCCGUCCUGAGCAUCUUCGUGAACGUCUAUCUCAUGAUGCAGCUGGACCAAGGCACCUGGGUCCGCUUUGCAGUGUGGAUGCUGAUAGGCUUCGCCAUCUAUUUCGGCUACGGCCUGUGGCACAGCGAGGAGGCGUCCCUGGCUGCCGACCAAGCAAGGACUCCUGAUGGCAACUUGGGCCAGUGCAAGUGACACGUGGCUCCGGCCCCCGGAGGUGGCAGCAGUUGCGAGGGAUUCCCCCAGACGGCCGGAGGCUCCCAUUCUCCCCGCCAGUGCUACCAGAACCCACAUCCACGACGCCCCCGACGCAGCUCAGGGGGCCACUACUUGAACUGCAGCCUUGGCCUGCCACUCACGGGUCGUGGUGCCUGGACUCCACAGCCGGUCUUUGAGGCCCCGUCACCUCCUGACGCUCCCUCGGCGGGGCUGCUUGGCUGUGGCUGGCCCCUGUGUCGCCUCCCUUCCCUCUAAACAAAGAAAGCUUCUCCUCUCCUCGCCAGUUCCGUGCCCAGCCUCAGGCCGGGGCUGCCCUGGGAUGGAAAAUGCGCUUACUCCAAACUUUAUAAAGCUUCCACCUU